AUGAUGCACACCAGCGGGGUGGUGCGGCGCCAGAUGCGUCCCUACUACAAUCUCCCCUCCAAGUCGGAGCACGGGCGCCGCAUGACCGGCUUUCUCACACCAUACCGCCACUGGAUGUGGAAGCAGAACGAGCUCUGGCGCAACGUUCACGAAGCUCAGUUCGAGCAUCUGCGAAAGGUGUACAAGCGGCAGUGGCUCGAGUCGUUCCGCGUCAACGCUGACGAGUAUAUUUACAAGUACAACAUCACCAAAUCUGCGCAGCUGGCGCAGUGGGAGCACGAGAUGCAGGCCCAGGAGCGCAAGCGUCGCGAGUCACAGCAGCUGGCACAGGGUCGCCAGGCGCUGAAGAAGAAGCACCUCGAUUUGCUGCGUGAGUUCCACGAGCGGCAGUUCUUCUACUGGUACGAGCGCGCGAGCGAGCGCCUGCAGUACAUGGCCCGCAUCAGCUACAUCUCCCAGGCCAGCAUUCAGGAGCACAUCGAACGGGAGCUGGACAAGUACACUGUGGGGUCGAAGGCGCCGUACCCGCUCAACUUUGCUGGCCAGAUGCCCAUGCUAGAGGACAGGGAUGGAAACAUUGCGCAAGUGCCUGCGAAUCUAAUGACGAACCACGCUACGGAGAACCCAGACGGCGGUGCCACCAUAUACGAGCCGCCAGAGGGCACCGCCGUCGCAGAAGAGAAGCUGCUGCAGAUGAUGGCGUCGGCGCAGGAGGAGGAGUUGCGCAUUCGCCCCGAGGAUGGCGACGCCUGGUCGGAGUCGAUGACGGACAUGGACCGCAGCGAGAGCGCGAGGUUUGACUCACGCAAGGUGGCGCGUAGCAUGGAGGAGACGGAUGAGGAGCGAGAGGUGAGUCGACGGGCGUACAUCGACCGUGGAAAGACAGGGUCCAAAGCCAUCUUCCGCCGCCCACGCUUCGACGGCGAUGGCGCCACGUCCCCGAGCGCUGGCGGUACGACGCCGAUGAAGCGCCGCAAGUCGAAGACGGACAGGAUGCACGCCUUACAGGAGCAGCAGGACGCGGCGGUGGCGAAGGCAACGGCCAAGGCGCUGAAGGACGAGGGUAGUACCGCCGGGGCGACGAAGCGCGGUGAGGUGGCGGAGAACAGAGGCCGCCUCCGCGAUCGCAUGAUCACACCCUCUCUUGAAACCCUGCAGCAGUCGCCUGAGAUGAUGGCGCAGAACAAGCCGGGCGGUCGUGUGCGGACACAUCACCUCAUGGAGAAGGUCUACGGCAUCGGCAAGUUUAAGAAAGGUGGCGGUGGAGAUGAGGAUGCGUAG